AUGGCGCAAUCUUACGCUAUGAAAAAUGGCAGUAAAUUUGCCUCUGGGAUCCAUCAUUCGAGAUCAUCCUCCGAUGAUGCAGGAAGUCCUGGCAUCAAGUCAAUCAAUCGAGAUGAGGAGGAAUUAGCAAGACUGGGCAAGCGUCAGGAGCUGAGACGAAAUUUUGGCUUCAUGAGCAUGCUGGGAUUUUCGUGCGGGUUGAUGAUAACCUGGGAAGGCUUGCUCACGGUCUUUGUGUACGGUUUGACAGACGGCGGUCCAGCGGGUCUGGUCUAUGGCUAUCUGUUCUGCUGGCUGGGUUAUUUUGCCGUGGUAGCAAGUCUGGCUGAGAUGGUCUCAAUGGCACCCACAGCCGGCGGCCAAUAUCAUUGGACAUUCCUAUUCGCACCGAAGUCAUGCAGAAACUUUCUGUCUUUCAUCACAGGCUGGCAAUCGGUUCUAUCCUGGCAAGCUUGUUUGGCCUCAGCUGCAUAUCUUGGAGGUACCAUCAUUCAAGGCUUGCUGGUUCUCAAUUAUCCAACCUACAAUGCGCAGAGGUGGCAGGGGACACUUCUCCUAUAUGCAGUUAUUUUCAUCGCAAUGCUCUUCAACACAUUGCUGGCCAAGCAGCUUCCCAAGGUUGAGGGAGCAGUCUUGAUUAUCCACGUUGUUGGAUUUUUCGGAGUGCUCAUUACCUUGGUCUACCUUGCACCGCAUGGCAGCCCUCACGACGUCUUCGUUCUGUUCUUGAACAAUGGUGGAUACGAUAAGGGUACCUCGUUCUUCGUUGGCCUCAUUACAACUGUUUUUGCGUUUGUGGGAGCCGAUGGAGCAAUUCACAUGUCGGAAGAGAUUAGGAAUGCAUCCACUGUGGUCCCGCAAUCCUUGGUCGCUUCUAUUGGGUUGAAUGGAAUCCUAGGAUUCUCCAUGCUCAUCGCCAUUCUCUUUUGCAUCGGUGACAUCGACAAUGCUUUGUCAACACCAACAGGCUUUCCCUUUAUUGAGAUUUUCUAUCAAGCGGUGCAAUCAGUUGGGGGCGCCACGGCCAUGUCGGCCAUAGUACUAUCGUUGAUGAUUUUUGCCUCCAUUGCAGUUUUGGCUGCGGCCUCUCGGAUGAUGUGGGCCUUUGCUCGAGAUAACGGAUUGCCAGGAUCAGGUUUCAUCUCUCGAGUUGAGCCGCGAACCAAGCUACCACUCUAUUCGAUUGGCCUGUCGGUGAUCAUCACUUUACUGCUUGGGCUUAUCAACAUCGGCUCUUCGGCCGCUUUUAACGCAGUUGCUUCACUUGUCGUCUCCGGCUACCUUGGUAGCUAUACUCUACCAAUGAUCCUGUUACUCCACAAGAAACUCACCAACCCAUCCUCAAUUCACUAUGGGCCUUGGAGCCUCGGUCGGCCGCUGGGGCUUUUCUGCAACAUAUUUGGUCUUAUCUGGAUUGCUGUUGUGAUGACAUUCAGUUUCUUCCCUGCCGUUAGAACUGACCUGACUGCGCAAACCAUGAACUGGUCCUGCCUGCUCUGGGGUGGUACGAUGAUCCUAGGCAUUUUGAGCUAUUUUGGAUACUUACGCGGCAGAUAUAAUGGCCCUGUCAUUGAGAUCGAUAUCAUUGAGCAGGUCCAUGGUGUCUGA